GGUUGACCUAAAUGUUAACCUAACUUUGUACUGCAUUAAUAAAAACAAUAUUAAUUUAAAAAUGAUUCACAGUUUGUUUAUAAUAAAUUCUCAGGGAGAUGUGUUUCUUGAAAAACACUGGAGAAGUGUUAUAUCUAGAUCAGUAUGUGAUUAUUACUUAGAAGCCCAGAGGGCAAAUGGAAAUGAUAUUAAUCCUGUAAUAGCCACCCCUCACCACUAUCUCAUUUCUAUUCAAAGGGGCGGUGUGAGUUUUGUAGCUGUUUGCAUGGAAGAAAUACCACCUCUGUUUGUAAUCGAAUUUUUACACAGAAUUGUCGAUACAUUCCAGGAUUAUUUUUCAGACUGUACUGAAUCUAUAAUCAAAGAAAAUUAUGUGGUAGUGUAUGAGCUUUUAGAUGAAAUGUUAGAUAAUGGUUUUCCUUUAGCAACUGAGAGUAAUAUCCUUAAAGAAUUAAUUAAGCCUCCAAAUAUACUAAGGACUAUUGCUAACACAGUUACAGGGAAAACAAAUGUAAGUGAUAUCUUACCUACCGGUCAGUUGUCUAACAUUCCAUGGAGAAGAUCAGGGGUAAAGUAUACUAACAAUGAAGCAUACUUCGAUGUAGUGGAAGAAGUUGAUGCUAUCAUUGAUAAAUCUGGUGCUACUGUAUUUGCAGAAAUUCAGGGAUAUAUUGACUGUUGCAUUAAACUUAGUGGUAUGCCUGAUUUGACACUGUCAUUUGUUAAUCCAAGAUUAUUUGAUGACGUUAGUUUUCAUCCAUGUGUAAGAUUCAAAAGGUGGGAGGCGGAAAAGUUGCUUUCUUUUAUACCACCAGAUGGUAAUUUUAGAUUAAUCUCUUAUCAUAUUGGCAGCCAGAGUGUUGUCGCUAUACCUAUUUAUGUUCGACAUAAUUUGUCUAUUAAAACUGGUGAACAAGCUAGGUUGGAUUUGACUGUGGGGCCAAAACAAACACUAGGUAGAACAGUGGAAGGUAAGCUUCUUUUUAUAGUCAACUUUUGUUACAGUUCCUUGGCUCAAAAUAAUUAUAUUUAG